AAUUCUAUUACAGGUAUUCCCCAGACACGGACGUCCAAAAGAGGUGUUCUAACGUUUGGGCUUAUUGUUGCGUGUGAAACGAAACGAAAUGCUCUCGAGUACAAUGGUUACGGGUGUUAUUGCGGACAAGGAGGAGAGGGAACACCCGUGGACGAGAUUGACUGGUAAAUACCCAUAUCAUAAUACACGACGUCUGUGAGGAGGGGGGGAGGGGGGGGGGCUCCUAGCCCCGCAGUUCCGUUGGAACUUCUGUCGUCUCUAUUCCGAAUACCGUUGUAUUUCCCAAUACCUUAUUCGGUUUCAAGAGUUUAGUAAACGGUUCUAAUGGCUUGACAGUGAAAACCAGCGAUUAGUGUUUCUCAAACUGCGACCAGAGGGUCUUUUUUCAGAAUGUUGUUUCCUAAUUCUUUUUGCAGGUGCUGUUAUGAGCACGACAUGUGUUAUCAUAAGUUGCAACAGAAAGAAGCUUGCGGCAAGUCUUAUCACAUUGUUCAGUUGUACUUAACUCCGUACCUACGGAAGGGGUGUUCUGGUUGUGGUAAGUACCCUCCUUGAUCCAAUUGUAAUAAAGCAGUAAAGUACAACAGAUGUGUGACAACAAGAAUAAUUUACUUCACCAAGAUGGCGGUCUUACAAAAAGUGACCUCACUAGUAAUGGGUAUGAUAAUCACAGGACACCCAGCCAGUAUAUUACAUGAAUCAGUAAAAUCCAACUAGUGGUCUAUUAUCAAUGCUGCUUUCUGAUUGGUCGAGCUACUACUAGGCUAUAUGUUAUAGCCCACUAGUAGCGAAAAGCGCCGGCUUUGAAAACCAAAACAAUGGCGGCUGAAUCUUGUUUUGCUUGCUAAAGUUGUUUUGUCUCGAUAUUUUUGACCAACUAGUUGUAUUUUACUAAAACAAUUAUUCCUCUCGCCCUCAUGGCCUCUGAGUCAAUGCCCAUUCGGCCUUCGGUCUCAUGGGCUAUUGACUCAGAGCUCGUUCGGGCUCGAGGAAUAAUUGUUAAACCACUGACAAUUAAUAAGACCCUGCAACCCCCUCGAAAAUGAAAAAAACAACAACAUUAACAAACAAACAAACAUAUAUGGCAACUGCCUUACAAAACAAAAUGAGUUGAACGUAUUGAACGUAUGAAUUGAAUACGCUUAUUUCGCAUCCAUCAGUUUUCAAUCCUUAAUUUGAUGUAAUCAACCCACCCAAACUAAUAAACUUCUAACCAUCUUGUAUUGGCUUAAAUCUUAUAGAAUUUUGCAGCUCUUGCUUAUUUUAAUAAUACCACAGCAGUAAUUUAAAAUAAAAACAAUAAUCAGUAGCAUAAGACGUAAACUUUCUAAGUUUCGCCCUGAAAAUUUGACAUCAACAUGUUGUAUUAUAUGUUGUGGGGUGUAUGCAGUUUGCAAAAGUAGAACGCUCUUGUGGCUACACGAGGACAUAAGUCACCCCGCAAAUAAUGGCAGCGUGCAUAAUGUAGGUGUUUUUGCCGUAUUUGCGAACUUGAACAUUAUGUUUUCCUUUUUUCCUAUUGUAGUGGGAAGCCCUUGGAAUUCUUGCGUUCAAAAGAAGCUGUGCGAAUGUGAUGCCGAGGCUGCAAAAUGCUUUAAGAAGUACGAUUCAAAAUUCAAUGAGAACCACAAGAACUACCCGAAAUCAACGUGCAAAUGAAGUGAAUAGUUUUACGUAUUAAGAAGCAUUAUUAGAGAAGGCUUCUUUUCAGCUAGGAACACUAUAAUUAGUUCUGGUUAAUCUGUCAAAGACAAAGUAUUGAGCAAUCGAAAAUAAAGCAUUAAAAGUCACUCAAUAUUAUGUUCUUCAUUCUUUAUGUAUCUAAAAGGUUGAGUCUCUCUUUGGGUACCUGCGGACGUGGUUCAGGAAUUGCUUUUCGAGGCGGAAACGCAAUCAGCUUGAGCAACCACGACGACGGAAACGAAGCAACAUUUUCAACAGCAAGAUAAAAACUAAUCAGAUGAAGUGCUGGCAAAAGGAAACUCAUCGAUAUCAAUUAUCUCGGGCAAAAAACGAUUCAGAGAUUUCACCAGAUCCAGAUCACCAAUUAGAUGCCAACCUCUACAGAUCUAAAAUCUGGAGACUCUCUCUGUUGCACUACCUCCUCGAAUAUCAACGGACCCCCCCCUCCCAAAUCCUCCCAGCCCCCAGAUUAUGAUAUAGGAAUGGCUUCCGACAUUAUAUGAAGUCUUGCAUGAGGUACAUACCAUCAAACCAGGGGCAGACCACCCUCUGUUAGUGGGGGCCGUUGUUGAUUGAAAUCUGAGCAAUGAACUUUUGUUAUUUAUAGAAGAAAUACAUAUGAACAAUACGGUGGCUAUAAUUUGUUCCAAAAUGCAGAAUUUAAAGCAAAUUUUGAAUGAAAGUUUGAAGAAAAUGUUAACUGAGUCAUUUGUCAUGUUUUUUUCGCCGUCCCGUUCUGAUUUUAGCGCUAUUUUGCGAGAUGAAUAUUUGACCUCGGCGGUUGGAACUAAAGAAGGAGACAAGGCAGGCAGCAAUCAGCCGCCGGCGAGUGAACCAGUCCAAUUCAAGCUGGAACUGACGCCAAACUGUUUAAUAUCUUACCUCGAAAAUACCGGCUCCCGAUCCACUAGAUAUGUAUCCAUGCCCCAUUCGAAUGAGAGCUCAAUCCUUCCAAAUUUUCUCGAGAAAACCGAUCCUGAAGUUGCAAGACCAGCUUUCUCAACAUGACCGGUGCAAAAAUCUCAACCAAAGGCAUUUGAGGUAUGCGCGUCGAUUCAAAUCCACCAGUCAGCGUAUCGCGACCGUUGGCAGUUCAAAACCGCAGGGUUGUGGUUUUGAACUGCCAACGGUCGCGAUACGCUUAAUUCAGUUCAAUUCUCCUGGUCUACAAUUUGAUGAUUGGAUACUCUAAAACGAAUAGAUCCGAGAGUGCUUUUGAUAAAAAGAUAAGGAAACCCGGAUUAAAACUUAACCCCGGGUUAGCGCUAACCGGCGUUCGAACAACUGGGCCCAGGUUGAUGUGACACUCGUUAACACAGUGUGAACAGGAAGGAGUUCAUACUUAACUGGAUAGCCGUUCACGUCCACAUGAAAAGCCAUUCGGUAUUGUGUACACAUCCCUCAACCUUGCCCUGAUUACCAAUCUCGCACCCAAGAACGUGAACCAGUCUAUAACCAAAAUCUGUUAGAAAUAAACCAUCAAGAUAACGGCUCGUUAUAACCUUUUAUUUAAGCAAUAGACCACACUUUCUAUGGGUUUACCGGCGUGAUAACCCGCGCGGGGUGUUGGGAGAACAGCAGAAAUGCUUGUAAAUCACUGGCCGAAGGCGAUUGAUUUACAAGCUUCUCGAGUGGUCUGCCAACAUCCCAAGUCGGUUAUCACGCCGGUAAACCCAUAGAAAGUGUGGUCUAUUGCUUAAUUAUAAAAUAACUUUAAGUUUUCUAUGAGUUUAUCGGCACAAUAAUCCAUAUGUUUUUAACGUACUAUCUUAGUUAUUUUAUAGUGAUGAAUGCUCUAAAUUGCUUUGCAAAGUGGUCGACUGGACUCCGGAGAAAUGAUAAUCAAGAUAGUCAAUAUCAAGAGAGGAUAAAGGGGACAGAGAAGGCAUCCCACAUACACACCCUAUUCCACAGGUAAUUCGUCUCGAGUUAUUUUUAAGACCACAGAUCCCAAGGGGGAUUAAACAACAGCAAAGCACAUAGCGCGAAUGUGUUCCGAGUGGAUGACCCACGUUCAGAGCCACGUGUCCUUCACGAAUUGACGCAGAAAAAAAUGGCGGAAGACGCGGAGAGCAAUAUUUUUAUUUGUUUUGUCGACGAAAACGGCUAAAGACGGAUUUCUGCUAAAGCUGUGUCAGCGAAACGGAAAUUAAAAAAGAAUCGCCCUUCCUCUCUUGUAUAGAGCUAACAGUACAGCAGGGAAAUCCUUAACACGCUGAAUAUUCUCUCAGGAUCAUUUAUAAUUUACAGUUUGAAGAGAGCAAUUUCUGGUUUGAUGUUUAUUCUUUUAUUAGUCUUCUAUUAUUCAACAAAAAUAACACUUGGCGUCGUACUUGCUUUAUUGUACAAACGACCGGUUUCAAUAGACCGGCGAAAUUUCUCAUUUUAUUAAAGCACUGAGGUAACGACAACCUCGAGUUAAACUGAUUUAACGGGUUGUCAAAGAGUCCAGCGAUUCCUUUUUGCCAGGUGAGCGCCGACUCGUUUCGCUUCAAUAUUCAUAAAUGCUUUCGUUCUCUUUACGCUUUCAUUGCCUUUCGCCCGACAUGUUUUGCACGGUGUUUAGUCAUGCGAAACCUCCACGAAACAUCCACGCAGCGCGCGAGGUAACUUUAUCCCGAUUCUAAAAAUAACUCGAGACGAAUUACCUAUGGAAUAGGGUGUGUAUGGGAGAUGCCCUCUCUGUCCCCUUUACCCUCUGUUGAUCAGGAGCACGAAACUCUAACUAAAUAUCUAACUAAAAUUGUUAAUUGUUAAUUGCAGUUUGCAAACAUGAUCCAGUGUUCCACAAAUCGAAGCAUGUGGGAUUAUUAUGAUUAUGGCUGCUGGUGUGGGUUUGGAGGAUCAGGAUCAGGGCAGCCUGUAGAUGGCACUGACAGGUGAUCAUUCCUUCUGGGCGAUAGAGCCAGGAAGGAAUGUAUUGUAGUUCUACUGAGCCUUAUAAUGGCCUAAUGGCUUCUUUUUGAUGCUUCACAAGAGGUAUAUGAAAAAGAACGGGAUUUUAGUAGCUGGAGUAUAUGAAAGGGUGGGAAAAUCUGUCAGUUUGGUCUUUAAAAAGGCCCAAAAGGGCCAGCAGAUGAAUUUCAUGGCUGUGAAAGAAUCAGAAAACGUUCUGGUUUUGUGAUUAAUUCAUAUCUAAAAGACGGUGCAUUUACAGCAGUUAAAAGGGAUGCAAAAUUCUAAACUAGGUAUGUGAAAGGGAUAUUUUGACAAUAGAAGGUACAUAGAAUGGUACAUAAAAGGGUGAGGGGUUGGACUUCGGGGCGGAGCCUCCCCUACAGGUUUGUUGUUUACCCCCUCCCUCCCCCUGCUUUUAGUCUGCUAAAAGAUGGAUUGGGAUUGGCCGUUUUUAUGCUACGUUUGACGACUUUAAGAACGUCCUCUGCAUCUGAACGAAUUACUUUACAGACGACUUUAAAUUCGUCUAGUAUAAACGGGACGCUGUAAACUGGAACGCGGAUAUGCCCAAUUUGUCUAGAAACCGGACUAGAAGGAGGUAGUGUUUUGCCUUUUUUAAGAAAACUCUGUUUUGUUGCAUUGCCGUCGUCUACUUUUCAUGGAUCCCCUCUUACACCAAGUGACUAGUUAGCUUGAGUCUUUUGCUUGUUUUUUAAAAAGCUAUUUGGACUUCUUUAUAGCCGAUUGCUUCGUGCGUUCCCUUGCGCCUUCUGAGUGCAUAUGCACCACGAACAGGGAAAUAGCGCAGAUUAGUUUGCUGUUCCUCUGGACAAAAAUAAUGAAGACCUUGUGGACAAGUUUGAUUCUAGUUUUGCCGCUAGUAUUUGCUCAAGUUUGGCAACGUUUUAUUCUUUUUAUCGCUACAAUUGAUGUCGUCAAUGUGGUAAGAAUUUGCACGGUAAAAUUUACCUAAGAGUCUAAACCAUUCGCUCCAAAGCUCAUGUUUAAAAACGUGUCCUUGACCUAAACUGUUAGCCUGAGAAAACAGCCGACAUUUGGCGACGCUACCACUGGUUUCCUCGCCAAAUGACAUCUGAGCAACAAGCAUAGAAAUUCGAUACUGAUGACCUGUCAUUACUCAGAUCUGGGUAGUGCUUCUGAUUGGUUAAAUCAAAUUUCCUACGCGACACAACCAAUCAGAAGCACUACCUAGAUCUGGGUAAUGACGCGUCAUCAGUAUAGAAUUUCGUCACUCACUUCUCAGACGUCAUUUGCGUGGAAACCAGUGGUAGCGUUGCCAAAUGUCGGCUGUUUUCUCAGGCUAGUGAUACGGAGGCCGUGUUAUAAUAAUAAUAAUAAUAAUAAUAAUAAUAAUAAUAAUAAUAUUUAUAGAGGGAGCCCAACUCGCCAAGGCGGUUUUCAGUGGGGCCCUCAUGCAUUAAUCUAACUAAUUAAUUAAUUAUUACGAAAAAAGUAAAAUAUGUUUACAAGUAAAACAAAUUUAAAAAUUUAAAAUCUUAAAAUCGAUCAUACAAAAAAUAUCAAGGUUUAAAAAUUAGCUGAGAUCUUUUAAAAAAGUUUUUAACUUGGAUUUAAAAAUAGAUAAAAUAUUACACUCUUUUAAAUCAUUUGGAAGGCUGUUCCAGUCUUUCGCGGCGUGAAAAAUAAAAGUUUGUUUACCCCAGUUUGUUCUGGGUAGGGGUAAGCGAAUAUCAUUAGAGCGUCUUGUAUUAUAUGAAUGAACAGCUUGACUUUUAGUAAAAUUAAAGUUGAAAUCGGUUUCUCCAAUAAGACACUUGUGGAUUGCAAUGCAGCGAUGAAAAAACCUUCUUGUGGACAGUGACUUCAAAUCUAGACUUUUCAGUGCUUCAGUUGACGAGCUUCGGGGUGGUUGCCCCAGUAUAACUUUAGCAGCUUUAUUCUGUAGAAUCUGUAAUUCUGACAUGAUGGUGUCAUUGUUCUUGUCCCCCCAUAUAACGUCUCCGUAAUCAAAAAGAGGGAGGAUUAGGGCAUUGUACAAGGCAACUCUAGCUUGUAGCGGCAAUAGAUUCCUGAUUCUCCUAACUAGGCCUAUUCUCUGAUUAAUCUUCAUGCUGAUAGCAUCGACGUGAUCUGCCCAGGAGAUAGACUGUUGAAGCGUUACGCCUAGGUAUUUGAAUGAUUGUGUUCUUUCAAUGCCAGUGCCCUCUUACUUUAACCGAAAUGCCUUGAAUACGAUUCAGUUUCUGAGGACUUCCAAAGAGGGUAUGUAUUUUGCCAUAGAAGCACCUUUCUCAUAGCAAUGUCAUUUUCCCGAAAGAUGAUUUAAAUUUCAAAAUAUUUUCCGAGAGACUGAUGAUCAUUUUUAAACCUAAGCAAUAGCCUAAAAAUCGCCUCCACAGGAAUCCUAUGUCUAGAAAGCAUUUUGCAAAGUCGUCAAUACACCCACCCGUACCUGUUGGGCAUCCAAUAACAGCCUUUUAAAUUCAUUUAAUUCAAAAUUGCCGCCGUAUCGAUAAAAAGGUCCCUAACAAUAUUGUUUCCUUCAUAACAGCUACUUUCCGUCGACUACACAACAAAUAAAGGCACAAGAUGAUAUGUAAAAGUUUGUCUUUCAGUUUUUUGUCGCCUACUUUAUUUAGCAAGACCCUAAGUUUAAUAAAAUAGUGCUUUGUUGAUGUGGAUCUGGCAUAUGUUGGUCGUCUUAAUAUCGACUCCGCUAACCAAAAUCGGCUGAGAGAAUGCUUAAACCGUUUGAAACAUGUUAUGAUAUCGAUAUUCUUGAAGAUUACUAUAAACAAUUUAGGGAAUAUUAAGACAAUGUUGAGAAGAUUUGUCUGUCGUUUAAUACUAGCUUGUUUUUUUUUUUCCUUGUGCCUGAAUCCGAGUACCCUCUUGAUGACCUUCAAAAACAAUGAAAGAAUGCUCUGUGUGAAUGUGACAGCGAGGCUGCCAAUGCUUCGCUUCAUCAAGUUUUAAUCAUUCAUGUUUAAACUACGAUACUACUAAGCAGGGAAGGCGGAGGGGGAGGGGCUGGUAGGGCUAUGCCCUACCACUUUUAUUGCUGGGAUUUAUAUUAUAGGAUUCCAGUUGAUAUGGAAAAAAUUCCCGUGGAAUUAUUGGACUUUGACCUAUGGAAGAGUGGGAUCCUGUUGGUGGUGUUAAAGCUUGUUAAAGAUUCCAGAACCGGAAAAGAAGCUAAUUCUGGAAGUCCAAACUAAUCUGUAAGCUGCUUGCUGUAAAUCCUACUACUGUACGUACGGCUUCUGAAGACGUGGCUUCGAUCCAGGAUUGGUGACGAAAGGUUUAGCAACCAAGUAGUAAUGUUGAAUGGUCACAAGCUGAGAACAGAAGUGUCUCUAUAAAGCUGACGACGCACAGGAGUUUGUUUCCAGCAAUGAGGACCGCAAAAGAAACCUCGGCACUGCGGGCAACUUCAAAAAGUAGCAAUCUUAGGAAGGUUUAUUUAACAUAUUGACUAUACUGAAUACCACAACACGUGACGACGUUUAUGGAGGGGGGCGUAAAGGGAGUACGAAUACCGCAAUACCGCACAUGGUAGCGCGAGAAUACCGCAAUACCAAAUCAAAAUUUAGCCAAAUACCGAAACCGCAGUUACAAAUGUGAAAAAGUCGACAUUGUCAAUACUACAAAUCCCCCUUUCAAAUAGAAAUAAUACUUUUACGUCAGUGUUUCCAAAUCAAGGUGCGUCGAAGUCAGGCGUACGAUAAACAUAAGAUCAUCGCACUCGUUUAAUUUUGCUCAUAACAUGUAUACGUUUACUUAAAUGAUACAACGGGGGUACUUGGGUUAAUUUUUGCUGGGUAUGUGCCGCUGGCCUCUCAGAGCACCUACCCCAUUAUAGUCUAUUCUGUGGCCAAUUAUAGACCCCAUCUUAGUCACUUUUGGACAAAUAUUUAAUUUUUUCGAUCCCAGCUUAGUCACUUUCUAGAUUAUGAAUUGACCAUUUGUUAGACUGAAUGAAGAACGCUUUACUUUUCAUCUACAGUACAAACAUUCUGGUACGUUUGCUAACCGUAAAUAUGAAGAACUGUCUUACCCCCAAAAAUCAGAAAAUGCACGACCUCACUCUAGUAACUCUCUGAAAAUGCGACCCCAGUAUAGUCAAUCCACUCGUGAAAAUGCGACCCCAUCCAGCGGCGCAUCCCCAUUGGCCUCUUAUAAGGAAGUAGCCCCCACGCGCCUUGGGCUGCCAUGCUUCGUUGGCUAAGCAAACACGAAUACUUGCACAUUCUAUAUUCCUGCAUGCACAACGAGAAGGACGAGUAGUAAUUUUUAGACCACACCAUCUUCACAGAUUAUCUUUCGACACUACGAAAUUUAUAACGACCUCACUGACCUCACUAUUUGCUGGAAUAUCUGACUGAUGACUUGGUUGACCCUCUGGAUCGCUCGCCAUUGUUUCGCGACUGGCACGAAAGUGGCGGUAAGAUUGGUAAGGAGGUUUAUAACCCAGCUGACUAUUCCCACAAGGUCCAUGAGGUCAUAAAUCAUGCGACAUGUUUACGUAUCAUUGGAUAAAAAAGUUAAUGUCGUUAAUCAUAUCAAGUAUUAACUGAAAUACAAGCCAUACGAUUUGUAUGAGGAUUUGCACAAUGUACGAUCCCCGACUGUGCAACUAUAGGAAGACACGCAGGUCACGCAGGCUAGCUAGGGAGACCUUUUAGAAUUUAUAUCCUCUUGUCAUGAAAAAGAAGCAGAUCACCGCGACGCAACGAUUUUAUCACCGACUACCGCGACAUAAAAUUUAAACUCACCGCACACCGCUUGGACUCUGAAAACUGCAAUACCGUACUUUGAAAUAAAAAUUACCGCAACAGCGCACCAAAAAAAAAACCAAUACUGCAAUACCCAAUACCGCAAACCCUUACGCUCCCUCUUUAUGUUAUAUUUGUUGAGGCUGUAAAUAAGAUGGCGCGCAAAUGCAAGAUAAAUGGCGAAACACUGAACUUAAUGCUUCUUUGUACUGACCAGAUUUUUUAGCCCUACCACUUUAAAAUGGUCUUCGCGGUCCAUGUACCAAGUGUUGAUGCUGGUGACCUUCCUAUAGGACCAAGAGAGAUCAUUAUACACUUAAUGUCAGAUCCCAAGGGAAACAGUUAGUUUUGUUUUCCCGUGAGUCCUGAUGUUUCCCUCGACUUCGUCUCGGGAAACAUCAGGACUCGAGGGAAAACAAAACUAACUGGUUUCCCGAGGGAUCUGACAUUAGGUGUUUUGUUAUAUUUCUAGAACUUUCACUUAAACAGCAACAAAAGAAUAACCGGAGCGAACGAAAACGGACCAAAACAGUCGACUCGGUACUUAUAACAACACAAAUUUAAUUCUCAAAAGCACUGAAUGAAUGAUUUACAAACAAAAGUACUUUCCUUAUAUCAUCUGCAUCUUUUUCUCCACUAGCUGCUGUUUUUCUUCUGGGAACUUCUGGGAUAACUUUAAAAAUCGUUGCUUUUUAGCUUGAGGCUUCGUGAUUGUGUUGUUGUGUUCAUUCACGAAAAAGAAAACCGGCAGGACCUGGCGGUGUUUUUCCCGCCUUCUGUCACGCCACUUUCUACCAUGCUUUGAUCACGUGCUGCAAUGUAUCCCGAGCGGGAUACAUUGUUUAAUGUAUCACGAUCGGGAUACAUUUGAUUUUAGUCAAGGCCACGUGACCAAGAAUCAACCAAUGGCAGUCCCUGUUUAGUUGAGUGAAAUUCUAGGAAUAUAACAAUCCCUCUUGAUAGGACUGUAUAUGAAACAUAUAUUAUCAUAAAGGAAUUGUCCAAAUAAAAGUUAUAUUAUUUUGCCACUUAUUACGCAUUGAUUUAAAGUGUAUUUGAAAAGCUUUUAAAGGACGUAAUCGAUCAUUUAAACAUUAUCUCGUAAAGUGUCUCCACAGAGAUGAAGUUUGGCUUAUAUAAAUGAGUCACUUUCUAUCGACUGGACGCACCUAACCGAAUGCAGCACCACACUAUAUUCAGUCAUGUAAAGUUGAUUCGCAGGCCUCUUUAAUUUUUUGUUUAAUACUACCUCAGCAUCCUCACAAAUUUGACAGCAAAAAGUACAGAACGUAAAAAGGCAUUUUUGACCUUAACGCUACUUUUUUCCGUAUAUCAUGCUAAGAAGGAAAACACAUUCAGACAAAAAAACUGUCAGGGCACCUAGAGACCAAACCAAAAUCAGAAGUUACGUUCUAUAAUCAUUGCAGCUGUUUUGGGUGUAUCAUUGCCUUCUGAUGAUUCGGUAACCACGGCAACCCAGAGUUGCCAAACUCCAAACACAAAUUUUGCCAAAAAUAUUUCGUUGGAAGCAAAGUUCAACAAAUGGUAGAACUCAUUUAGCUCCACAGAGAUAAGUUUCUUAUAUAAAUGGGAACUCUUUAUCGACUGGACACACCUAACCGAGUGCAGGACCACCCCGACUGUAUUGGCGUAACGGUGCUUCUUUAUUUUUUAUUUAGCUUAUAAACAUUAUUUAAUCGAGACUAGCCCAGCAGCCUUAAAAAUUGACAGCAAAAAAUACAGACCAUAACCAGGCAUUUUUGACGUUAACGCUACGUAUUUUUUUUCAUGGUGAUAUCAUGAUAAGAAGAUACAUCCGUUAGGUCACGACACCGAGAUAACGUAAGUAGGAGGUCUGUACAGCUGUGUUUAGUGUUGUAUUACCCUCUGAUUACUCGGUAACCACGGCAACCCAGACUUGCUAAACUCCAAACACAAAUUUUGCCAAACUUAAUUGCGUAUUAAACAAAGUUCAGUGAAUGAUAAAACUCAUCCAAAAAUUGUCAAGGAGGAUUGUGUCACUUUUAGACGGUGCAGGAAAUUUUUUUUGUUUGUAUGGAACCUCAAGCUUUUUAUUAUAACCUGAGGGACAAUAUUCUUAGAAAUAUGCUCCACAUUGUUUGAACGGAGAACAAAUAAAACAAUUUAUUAGGGAUACGCAUGCGCAGUCUUUGUCGUGGUGGAAGACAGAAGCAACAAUGAAAGGCUCUUUUCUUCUUCUGAGCAUAGUACGUACUGUUCUUCGCAGGUAUCAGUUCACAUGGAAUAGAGAACAAAACCCCUGUGAAACGUACGAUACGUUUCGAUGUGUUUGGUAUUUACGAAACUGCUUUUGCUUUGUUGCCAAUUUUUAAUAUAAGUUUAUUAUCAUAUGAGGACAAGUGUCACAAAAAUAAAUUAGCCGUUAUUUUGUAAUUUUAUGUUCUUCGUCAAAUCGUGCGCCGCUCACAUACAACCAUAAAUAAUAAAAUGAACGAACUUUGCGUUUUAAAAAUUAUAAAUGAAAAGCUGGUAAUAGGCGGUAGAUUACCUUUAAUAGGUUUAUCGCGUCCGGUCUUUAUUUUCCAAAACAGUUUGAUUAAUUCAAUCUCUAAUUUCAAAUUUUUUGUUUUAGUAAAACAGAAAGAGAGAAGGAGAGAGAGAGAGAGAGAGAGAGAGAGAGAGCGGAGAGAAAAAAUGUUUUUGAGUUCUUUUCUUCAACUCAGUAUUAAGGCGCCCGGCUUAGAGUUUGUAAAUGAAUCGCAAAAUAACAUUAACACAGAGUUGGAUGGAAGGGUGGUGAUGUGCUUCUCAUAUAUUCUAUUAAUUAAAAUCGAAUCCAAAUGACUUUCUUAUAAUUCCUUAGGUACAGUUGAUUGUCCCUUACUUAGUUCAUUUUAUAAAUAUUAGUAUGCGCAAAUAUGUUUUAACCGUUGCGUAUUCUUCAGGCGAAAAAAAUAAAGUAAGCACUUUUAGAUAACAGUUAUCAUCAUUAUCACUAUGUCACGUCGCACCCUCUACUGUUAUUAGAUCUACAGUUAUUACUGCUGUGUGUAUUAUUAUUAUUAGUAUUUCAUUGCCUUCGAAUAUUGGCAAACCACGAUAACUGGAAUAGCCAAACUCCAGCAGCACUUGACAUCGUUGUCGGUAUCGAAUGCUUUCCGCAGGUCAAUGAAAAUCGCACCAGUCAACCGGCCUUGGUCAAUGUAAAGAGCGCAGUCACUCUCUAACAAUUAGCCAGUCCCUAACAUAGAAGUCAACCAAUUACUCAGUCAGUCAAUCGAUCAAUCAGUCAAUCAAUCAGUCAAUCAAUCAAUCAAUCAAUCAAUCAAUCAAUCAAUCAAUCAAUCACUCAAUCAAUCAACCCUAAAAAUAAGUUAGCCAUUUAAUUCAUGAACUUCACUUCUUCGUGUCCCAGUUUCAUUCUCAAAGAAGCAGUCUUUCUUGUCGUGGAGCAUAGGAGAGGCCAUGAAAAGUUCUUUCUCCCUUUUGAUCUUCGUGCCGUUUUUAGCAGGAAUCACUUCAUAUGGAAUAGGUGAGACAAUUCCCGUUAAAGAUACCCCACGGUACUCAUUGAACUCGUUUUUUUUCAACAAUUUUAAUCUAAAAUUUACACAGUUCGUUUAGCCAAGUGUUUUUCACUCAAUGGAAAUAUUAGAGAGCUUUAGACUCUGAGACGAGGACGACUACGAGCACGAGAUUUCUCAAUACUGAGUAUUGCUUACGCGAAAACCAGAGUCAUUUUGGCGAGAAAACGUGAUAGCCUACGAGUUUUAGCGAGAACGUCGUAGUAGCGGGAACAAGUUAUCCAGUUUUAGAAGUUUAAUCAUUUGGCGACCUGAACAGGGCUAAAACAUUCUUCAAUAAAAAUAACCGCACUAAUGCUUCAGGUGAAAAAAGGACAAUGAAGCGAUCUGUGUUGAAUAUUUUCCUAGAAUACGCGAAAAAUUGUUAAGUUAAAUCUCGCACUCGCAGUCGUCUUCGUCCUCAAAUCUAAAGCUCUCUGUUAGAUCACCAAUUCAACCACGUUUCUAUGGCUUAAGAGGGAUGAAGGUCUCUUGUGCAGACUGCAAAACUCAGCCGAGCUUUUUAAUAACCGACCAAAGAAUAGCACAUCAAAAAUGAAGACACAUUUAAACAUUUCUUUUUGUUUUUAAGGUGUAUUUAUUAUAUUUCACAAUAUAAUUUUCUAAAAAAAUAUAUACCAAAUUUAUUGACAUGGAAAUAAAGUUAUUAUCGUUAUCUUCAUUAGAAGUGUGGUUUUAAUAAGUGUUAGCUUCGCUUUUCACAAUAGGACGGAGAUACCACAACGAGUUUAUUAAGGGCUUUACAAACAUUUUUCAACCAAGCUUGGGCAUAGGGUCAAAUUAACAAAAUGGUGUGACUUUUUUCGUUUAGCAGGUGUAAUUAAUAAGGUCGCGCCCCAGCUGUGUUGAUUUUGUUGCUGCUCAGCAGCGGUAGGUAAUUAUUUAUUCGGAUUUGCUAGAAGAGACGAAUACCUAGCCAAACCUUAUCAGCGAACCUGUAUUUUGUGGUCAAUCACUUACCAAAGUCCCGGAAAUCACUUUGUUUAAUUAUAAAACUAACCUGUUGUUACCUUUUCCGAGGCCCCAACGAGUUAUUUUUCAUUGUCUUCACCUCUAUUAAACUGUCACUUUGACAAUUUGCACUAGUAUGGUAUUAGUACAACAGUUACAGUGUGUAACCUGUAUUAAGCGGUCAGUAAGCCACUGAUGCCCCAUGGCUGAUUCCUGAGGGGGAUCUUGAGACCAUAUUUUCAAGGUGUCCACAACUAUGCGCUGAAAUGAUAAAACUUUCUUUAUGUGUAAAAAUGGACUUGGUAAGUGUUCGUUAUUUGUUAUAUCAGUCAAUGGCUGAAAAGUCAAAACUUGGACUCUUAGAUUUUCUGCUAAAGAAAACCCUAAUAUGGAGGAAGCAUUGUUCGAUUGGACGAUCGUGUUGCAAUAUGACGUCAAAGCAAAGUAUCGAUUGAGUUCUAGAAAGUUCUCGGGCAUGAAUUUUUUUCACCUGAGCGUUCGCUUAACCAACCAAAAGCCACGCGCGUUUGUGUCCGUUCUAUAGAUCAAUCAAAUCGCUCUAUUUCCGUUCAUUUGUUGUUUCUGUUUUGUUCACGCGUUUUCAUUUCAAGGUCAUUUGAAAAUCGCUUUAUUUUUGCUUUGUUUUUUGUCUACUCCGAGUAUCUAAAAUGACCAAGUCGAUUUUUAACUCGAAGUAAGAUUUUAGACGUUGCUCCAUUCUUGCACUGUUUGCAAAUUAUUUUUUCUCCUAAGUCACCCAGCUUCACCCUUAAACGUCAUAUGGAUCACCCCAGUUUGAUUUAAAUUAUAAACUUAUUAACUAGAGCUUGGCUAAAUCUAUAUAUUACAUCUGGUAUUCUGCAAAAAAACUUUGCGGUUUAUUGGUAAUGAAGUAAAACAUGAGACGAGGUUGAAGAAUUUAUGUUCAACGCCGUAAAAAUGGUAGUUAAAAUGGUAGUGGUGCAGCCCCUCCUAAGAAGAAUCCUGGACCCGCUCCCGAAUUUUGACUGCCUCGUGUAGGCUUUCGGAUCGAUUGUACUCGCAAAAGUAGCACAAUAUGCUACUAGUAAUGCUAGUAUAUUUCUCCUUGAAAAUUAUGCCAAUAAUUAUGCUAGUUUUUGUAAAUUAUGUUCUUAAAGUAAAAAAAUAUAGAAAGUAUGAAUUUGGUAAAAACACCUCAAUAACUAUGCACGAAUCAAGUUAAUGGCAGACACAUUAACCCUAAUUAUCAGUAGCGACUUUACCGGUGUAUAAUUUAUUGUAUGACAACUUUAAAAACUCUAAAAUUCCGUCCGAACUUCUGUCUUCUCUAUUCCGAAUACCGUUGUCUUUACCUUAUUCCGUGCCAAGAGUUUGGCGAAUCCAGCUUCCUGGGUAGCGGUCAAAUCCCUAUCCUGCAAUUUAUUUCGGUCAAAUCCUGGAUCUCGAGAAUACCAAUCCAGACACCGAUUGCAGUCGUACUUUGCCUCAACAAUAAGGCUAUCAUUUAGAGGUGGAGAUGACACGUAAAUCUAAAUGUCUGAUCUGCAAAGGGCAGUACAGCCCAUCUUCAGCAGAUGUAAUAAAGACAAAUAAGACAGAGGGCCAAUAACUAAAAUCAUUUAGAUUGCUGUAAUGGGGGUCAAACAUUUCCAAAGUAUUGGACCUGGGGCAUCAAGUAAUUGUCCCGAAUGAUUCCUCGCAAACCCGUGCAAUCAAGAGGAUGAACAAGUUUGAUGUCCUCCGAAGAAUUUGCCCUAAAACUUAAGAUUAGAAAAGGUUAUAUAAAAAAAUGUUUUCAAAGACACAACGGAUGAAUGUCAAGCAGCUGUGAUUAGAAAAAGUUAGUUAUAGCUUACAAAAAAUCUUACCUGGCAAAAUCCUCACAUUUUAUAAUAUGUACUUUUACAGGUUUAUAAAACAAACCCAACAAAAUCUUUUCCUACUGAAGUAUCGGAUGGCCCCAAGCUAUAAUCGCGAGAUAAUUUAUCUUUACGUUUUUCGUAUACAGUUUAACUGUGUUGAGGAAUUGUUAUCUUGUGAAAAUCUACCAAUGAAUUUUUCAGUCGUGUAAUAAAUCUCCUGUAAUAAAGCUUGCUCAAGACCGUUCAGGGAAAAUAUCGACUCGUCCUUUUUUUGUAAGGACCUCGCUGGGCUUGGUCGGUUCUGUCAAGACCUUGGGCCAAUAUUCUACAAGUACGGUCCUUGCACUUCGUUGAUAACAUACACAUACAAUCUUAUAACCCUUAUUUACACGGGCUUUAACAGGCAAGGAGAGAGGAUGGCGUUCGUAUUCUCGGUUUUCACAUUACGUAAUCAAAAUUGAAUGAUCAAUCCUCCUGAGUUUUUAUCUUCACAAAUUAUUAGAGCAGCUAAAAGCUAAAAUCUAUACAUUUUUUUUCGAAAGGGUUCCUCGUUUUGUGAUAGAGAUAUGCUUGAAUUUCUAAGCUUUUGCGUGAUGCGAAAUUUACAUGGUGGCCGAGAAAGCUGUCGCAGAGGUUUAAUUUAAUUGCAUUAGAAAAAGUAAUACUUUAGUGUUUAUGAGUUCCUCUAAAGAUGAAUUGCCGCUUUAGUAGAAAAACUCAGCGACAGAUAUUUCUGUUGGUUUCCUGGCGUCAUGUUGGUGUCCAUCCGGAUGGGCACCAUACAAAGCUCUAUACAUUUAUGAAAAUUGUACUGACCUGAAUCUUUGCGAGGGUCUUCGAAUAUUCUUCUUCUUCUGUUUCCCAGAUACUGGACUUUAUUUAUUAAACGGUUUUGAUCUUUUGGAAUUUUUUUUAUUUUUAAUGGCUUGACAGUGAAAACCAGCGAUUAGUGUUGCUCAAACUGCGACCAGAGGGUCUUUUUUCAGAAUGCUGUUUACCAAUUCUUUUUGCAGGUGCUGUUAUGCGCACGACAUGUGUUAUCGUAAGUUGCAACAGAAAGAAGCUUGCGGCAAGUCUUAUCGCAUUGUUCAGUUGUACUUAACUCCCUACCUACGGAAGGGGUGUUCGGGUUGUGGUAAGUACGCUCCCUGAUCUAAUUGUAAUAAAGCGGUAAAGUAAGGGGUGUUCGGGUUGUGGUAAGUACGCUCCCUGAACUAAUUGUAAUAAAGCGGUAAUGUGUGACAAACAAGAAUAAUUUACUUCACCAAGAUGGCUGUCUUACAAGAGGUGACCUCACUGCUAAUGGGUAUGAUAAUCACAGGACACCCAGCCAGUAUAUUACAUAAUCACUGACAAUUAAUAAGACCCCGCAACCCCCUCGAAAAUUAAAGAAACAACAACAAUAAGAAACAAACAAACAAACAUAUAUGGCAACUGCCUUCCAAUACAAAAUGAGCCGAACCUAUAGUGAAUCGAAUGCGCUCAGUGCAGUAUUUCCCACACAUCAGUUUCCAACCCUUAAUUUGAUGUAAUCAACACACUCAAACUAAUAAGCUUCCAACCAUCUUGUAUUGGCGUAAAUUUUAUAAACUCUAGCAGCAAUAAAUAAUAAUAAUAAAAAAUGAUCAAUAACAUACCGUAAAACUCCGAAAAUAAGCCCCGGGGAUUAUAUUUUUAUAUUUUUCAAAGGUCCUUUUGUGAGGUGCUUAUAUUUGGAGGGGCUUAUCUACGGAGGGAAAUUUGCGUUUCAAAAUCGAUUGGGCUAGCCAUAUAGUUGGAAGUAAAUUUACCGUUUUUGUUUUGUUUUACUUUGUAUUUGAGGGCAAUUUUCCAAGUACAAGCCCCCAGGAGGCUUAUAUUUGGAGGGGCGACUUAACGGAGGGUUUUUGCGUUACCGGUUUAGGGGGCUUAUAUUUGGAGGGGCUUAUUUUCGAAAUUUUACGGUAAGACGUAAACUUUCUAAGAUUUUGCACUGAAAAUUUGACAUCAACAUAUUGUAGAAUAUAUUGUGGGGUGUAUGCAGGUUGCAAAAGUAAAACGCUCUUGUGGCUACACGAGGAUAUAAGACACAGUGCAAAUAAUGGCAGCGUGCAUAAUGCACGUGUUUUUGCCGUGUUUGCGAACUUGAACAUUAUGUUUUCCUUUUUUUUUCUAUUGUAGUGGGACGCCCUUGGAAUUCUUGCUUUCAGAAGAAGUUGUGCGAAUGUGAUGCCGAGGCUGCAAAAUGCUUUAAGAAGUACGAUUCAAAAUUCAAUGAGAACCACAAGAACUUCCCGAAAUCAACGUGCAAAUGA